UGCCUUCUGCUCCCUAUCUAGCGCACUUCGUAUGUCAACUGGAUAAAUUUGGGACGUGUUUCAAUCUGUGUGUGUGUGUGUGUGUGUGUGUGUGUGCUGUCCUGUCCUGUCCUGGCUUCUCUUUCCUCAGCAUCCUCGUCAUCAUCAUCAUCAUCAUCACGGUGACGCUGAGCGGCUCCUCGGUCAGAGGGAUAUGGUGAUGGCGUGUGUGGAUGCUGCCUGAGCGACUGGACAGGAGGAGAGGAGGACAGGAGGAGAGGAGAAAGACGGGACGGAAAUCCUGCUCGGUGUGGGUUUUAUGCGCGUGCGUGCGUCGCUCCGGUGGAAUGAGAAGCUGCUGCAACCAUGAUGGAAGGACUGAAGAAGCGAACCCGAAAGGCAUUCGGGUUACGCAAGAAAGAGAAGGACACUGACUCCACAGGAUCACCUGAGAAAGACAAAUCAAAAAGAGCCAACGGCGCUCCGAAUGGGUUCUACGGAGAGAUCGACUGGGAUCGAUAUAAUUCCCCUGAUGUGGAUGAUGAGGGCUACAGCAUCAGACCUGGAGAACAAGGAGGAACGCCAGCCAAAGCCAAAACCUUCUUCUCAUCCAGUGAGUCAGAGGGUGAGGAUGAGCCAGGGAAGAAGUUUAAGAUCAAGAUCAAGCCCCUGGCACCAAAUAAUGGCACUGUGUCCACAGUGGAUGAGCUGAAGGCCUCCGUGGGCACACUCGCCAUCUCGACCUCGCCUUUGUGUCCGCUGAAACGAACGAUCUCAAGUGAAGAGAUCGCCAGACCAAGACGUUCCACUCCAACACCGACUCUAACUCCUGGGCCUGGUCCUGACACACCAAGUAAAAGGUUAUCAGAUAACGCUUCAGCAUUUUUCGGCCCUCCGUUUGUGGUGAACUUCGAAGCACAGAACUCAGAAGUGUUCAUAGCAGAGCCGGAGCUGUGGUGUCCAUCAACACCACGCAACACCUCCCCGCUGAACAGACGCUUCCCCACAGGAGCGCCACCUCCUCUUCCUCCGAAGAACAUUCCUGCCACUCCACCCAGCUACAGAUCCAGUUCUCUGGAAUCAUCAGGUUAUUACAGUGUUGUUCCAAGCGUAAGAGGAGAAGGGUCGUCUUCAAUAUAUCAGGACAUUCUACUAUCAGACCCUCCCCCAGGGGGAUCUGCUCUUCCUGACAUGGACAAUGUAUUUGCCCCAUCGGAUACCCCCAAAUCCGAAUCAGAGAUGUUGCAGACCAACUGGGUCAGUUUUACUGAUAGGACAAUGGUCAGACCUCCACCCCCGGAUGAGCCUGCCCCUUCCCCACCUCUCUCAUCCUCUUCUGAGGGCACGCCCCCUACUUCACCUCCUGCCUCCUCCCCUCCUCCUCUGCACCCUAUUCCUCCACCUGAAUCUCCUCCUCCCCCACCCCCAGAUUCCUCCCCAGACUCCAUAUCUCCUGAUGAUCUGGCCGAGCCCCGACGUCCCAUAUUACACCUUCAUGAGUCUGGCUUUUCUAUGACUAGUCCUCCCACUCUUCCUAGUCCUGUCAUGCCUUCUCUGCCCACUGUUGCACCUCCUCUGGGGCCACGAGAUGAAGCCAGAAGAACGCCAGACUCAUUUGGUCUAAGAGAGGAAAUCCUCUCACUUUCCACCGCCCCCAAGGACAUUGGGAUGGGGGUUUUGCGUGGCACACCACCUCCACUGCCCCCACUAACCUACAGAAGUGCGGUUGUCUCUCCAGGGCCUUGUAGCAGACCUUCAUCACCUGCACGUCCUGGUACUCCUUUAUCAGCAGGUAGCCCUAUACCACCGCUCCCACCCCGGCCAUCUUCACGGCCCAAACUUCCCCCAGGCAAACCAAACGUGGCAGACUUGGGUUGGCCCUUUAGUGCUCCUGUUCACUCGUGGAGUCCUCCUCCAUUCGCUCCCCUGGCCAGAGCAGAGAGCAGCUCCUCCAUUUCUUCCAUCACUUCUCUCAGUGCCGCCUCCACACCAACACUUGGCAGAGAGUUCAACCUCUCGGUCUCAGCUUGUUCCCGAGGACCAAGUCCACUCACUAUGGGUCCACAGGACACUCUACCAGUAGCAGCAGCCUUUACAGAAACCAUCAGCGCCUACUUCAAAGGAGCUGACCCUAGCAAGUGUGUGGUAAAGAUAACUGGAGAGAUGGUUCUGUCCUUUCCAGCAGGCAUCACGAGACAUUUCUCGAGCCAGCCGAAUCCUCCGGUACUGACCUUCACCAUCAGCCAUUACAGUUGUCUGGAGCAGGUCCUCCCCAACCCUCAGCUGCUCUGUUGUGACCAUAUGCCUGCUGUCUCCGACUGUAAAGAGUUUCGUGUGAACAUGGCCAACCUGAUGACACAUCUCAAGAAGGUGGCGGAUCAGCGGCCUCAGGCUACCUACUACAAUGUGGACAUGCUGAAGUACCAGGUGUCAGCACGGGGCAUCCAGUCGACGCCAUUGAACCUGGCGCUAAGUUGGCGCGGUGAUACUAACAGCACUGACCUCAGGAUAGACUAUAAAUACAAUGCAGAGGCCAUGCUCAGCCCCACACCCCUCACCAACAUCCACUUCCUGGUGCCGGUGGACGGUGGUGUUAGCAAACUGCAGGCCAUGCUGCCUCCAGCCACAUGGAACCCAGAAACACAGAAGAUACUGUGGAAAAUCUCGGAACUCUCGCAGAAAUCAGAAAACGGAGGAGUGGGGGCACUGUUGUGUCGCUUCCAGUUGGCCGAAGGUCCGAGCAAACCGUCGCAACUGGCCGUGCAGUUCACUAGCGAGGGAAGCACACUGUCCGGCUGCGACUUCCAGUUGCUGGGAAGCGGAUACCGACUGUCUCUGGUUAAGAAGCGCUUCUCGACAGGUAAAUAUUUGGCAGAUAACUGACAUCAGCUAACAGCGACGAUGACGACUCGUGGAACAGAGUGACGCCGCCUUCGAGUUCACCACUGAAGAGACUUAACUAUGUUUUUAAUGCUGAAAGGAAAAAGGAAUUCCUUAACUUGGAAUUUUGGCUUUCUGGCACAGAAUAUUGUGUCUGUGUGUGUGUGUGUGUGUGUGUGUGUGUGUGUAAAGGCAAUUUCAGGACAAAUGCAAUACAGCAACAUUCUUUGCUGGGUUUAUGCACGAAGGCAGAGUUUCCUCUCAGAGCUUGAUAAUGUGUGUGUGUGUGUGUGUGUGUGGGUGUUUAUAUCAUGGGCAUGUGCCGAUAAUCAGGUAUUUCAAAUAUUUCAGUAUUCAUGAUAUUCCACCAUGAACAAUUAGUUACAUCAAGAUUUAUAUUUAUUUGUGUUCUACGAAGUAAAAGGAUCUGAAACGGACUGUAUAAUUUGCUCGCUAGCAUUAGAUCGCUUGGUUUUGGGUAGCUACUUAGCAGGCUAGCUAGCAUUAAAUAACUAAUAGUUGAAGUAAAAAAAAAAACACUGUAAUGUUUGUUAGCUUGCUCAUUUGGGGAGGUUUAAUUUGGCUAGCUAUUUGUUGUAAUCUAGUUAACAUUAGCCCCAUAGUAUUAGAUGCAAUGCAGGAUAAAAUCUUAAGUCGCUAUUUGCUUCGUAUCAAAAGCUUGAUAUUGUUUAAUAUGUCUGGAGAAUAUUAUCAUUUGUCAGAAAUCAUAUUUCUUGGCUUAAUUUUGUGAGCUAAUCCAUGUAAUCCAGCCUAACUGGGGGUUAAGCUAGCGCGAGGUAACUAGCGUUAGUUAGCUAGCUACAAAGGGGUAAAAUUUAAUGAGCUAUAAAUCCAUGAGAUCGGCACAUGCCUGGUGAGAUUGUGUUCUGUUAACCCCAGAGUUUGAUUAGACAAUAUAAUCACAGGAAGGGUGAGCUGUUUGUUUGUUUAUGUUUUAAAGAUUUACCCCCCCCCCCAAAAAAAAAAAAACCCAACAAACACAAAAUGCAAAUGAGAUGCGUUAUGCUGAUGAGAUGCCAUAUAAAUGAUCCUGGACUUCAUAUUUACCUCAAAUUUUCUAACCAGUUCUAACCAAAUGUUGAAUUCAAGCGGGAACUAAAUGUGUGAAUCACGGCAGAGAAGGAAACGUCGUAGACAUCGGAUUAGUUUCAUAUGAGUUUUGAUAUAUUCGUGUCGGUCGUGAGGUGAUGUUAUCGUCUGUGAGGUCAAAAAGCGGAUAUGAUGUUCCAUAAUUAGCUAUCGAUAAACUCUGGAAUUAAAUUUUCAUGCAACAUAGCGAUGCCUAAACAUUUUCUAAUCACGUGUCUUGAAUGGAAAAAUACUAAUAAUGUUGAUAAUGAAGUGGCACAGAAUCUGUGUCGGGAUUUAAUGCAGCAUUCCGUAGUAUGAACUAUUUACCGCUUUGAUUUUUCCACAAUGUGGACUUUUUUAACGUUUUUUUUUCCUGUAGCAAUAUCGAUGAUUGUGUAUAAAUGUAAGAUAAGAAUUGUUAUAUGUAUGUCUAAACUGAUAUACAGCUUCUACGUGUUACCACAAGCCGACGUUGAGUAGCUGAAAAAAAUUCAUGACUGCACUUUAUUUCAGUGUUUCUUUCAUUCGUUUCUUUUUCAACACAGAAAAUGAUUUGUUUAGCAGGCGAAUGGCCUUUUUAACAUGUCUGAAAUCAGAAAAAUCUUUUCAGCAUGUGCUGUACGAUGCUUUCAUCUAUUCUAGUGAUCUGUUUAAUUUAUCUUCAAGUCUAUACAAGAAAUAUCAUUCCUCCGAGCCACUAGGGGGCGAUGAGAAUCAGACAGAUAAACCCCCAGGUUCCCACGUUAUCAUUCAGUAAGAUGGCUGUACAUCAGACAUCAGAACAGACAUCAGUUUCCCUGGUGGUCUCCCUGAGAUUCCUCAGUUCAAGAACUAGCCCCUUUGCUAGCAAAAAGUUCAAUGUUUGUAACUUUUCUUGACUAAACACAACAUUUCACUACACCAAAGCCACAACGUGAUUUAUACCUGUUGUCCGGUUGCUUGCUAGUGUAACAUAGCACUGUUGGGUUAGCAAAACAUGUCUAGAAACUUUUUGUUGCACAUUUUCCGUGCGUUCUGAGGAGAAUACUUACGCAACGCUGAGAAAUGUACAACAUUGCCACGACAUUUUCAGACGUACAAACGACAACAUCGUGUUCCUUUUUACACAUUAAGAGAGUAAAAAAUGAGUUGUGUUGCUAAAGAGUUGUUCUUCAAAAUGUUAAAUACAUUUUUUUGUAUGUAACUUGAAAUGAUUCUAGCUGCUAAUGGCUUCCUGGCUAACACCAAGUGACAGGAAAACACAUAAUAGUCUAAAGUAUGAAGGUUAAAGUUGCUUGUGCUAACGUUUAGUCUUAAAAAAUGAUUAUGUAGCAGCGUGCUUGCUAUGUAAAAGUUUCCGAGGGACAUGUUAGAACUCUCCUCAGAGUGCAGAAACACCAAAACCCGGACAGACUGACUGACGGAGAGACAGAAAAGCAAGUUAGAACCUUCCAGAAAGAUUCUUGCUGAGGCUAAUCUAACGUUUUUAGCAUGCUGCGGCCUAUUUUUAGUAAAAAUCAAGAAAACAUACAAACACUAAACAUCUGCAACGUUAGCAGAGCUAGCAUUGCGGCUAGAUUUUUAGUAAAGGAAUUUCAAAUUCUACUUUCUUUCCUGAAAAGAGAACGAGGUCAGGAAACUGAGUUGUCCUUGUUGUUUCAUUGGGUGAUCUUGUCGAAGGGAAUGGUGUUGUUUUAUUUAUUUUGAUUUUUUAUUUGAGGGGGGUUUAAUAUGAACACAAAAAGAAUCUCUGGAACGAUAAGUACUAAUAGUUUUGAUCAGGAGGAAUCAGGAAUUGGACCGCUAUCAAUUUAGCAGUUUAUUUAAUGUUGUGCAUUAUUAUUAUUAGAUCUUACAUGACGGGCAAAGGGAUUUUUAUUUUCUUGUGUGUGUGUGUGUGUGUGUUGUGUGCGCACGUGUCGACGGUUACAAUUUCAUCCCAUAGACAAAAUUCCAUGUGUGAAGUUAAUAUCUGUAUUUAUAUCAGUUGCAUCUUGUUCUCAUGACAGAAUAUGCAAGCGUGUAAUGUUUAGGACACGACCUCCACAAGGUCGAUGGUGAUAUAAAGACUGAAAAUGAUAGGUCUAUUAAAGGUGUAAUAUAAAGUAUUAAGAUAAAAUAAACGAAUGGAAAUCUUCA